AUGCGGCACCACGGCCAUGGGCCUUCUGGUCUUGGCAGGGCCACAACUAGGGAGGAAGGAGGGCCACGGAGUGGAGGGGGGAGCCCAGUCAUGAAGAGUCUCAAGAAGAGGAACCACCAACUGAAAGUCGGGAUCCUACACCUAGUCAGGAAAGAGAAGAAGAACAGGGUGCAGCUGAGAUUCAAGUGUCUGACCUGGAAGCUGAUCUCCAGGAGCUGUCUCAGUCAAAGACUGGGAAUGAAUGCAGAGAUGAUCCUGAUGUCAAGGGGAAGAUUCUGCCAAAACUAG